AUGGCGACAACUCUUCGGAGGCGGAUUCCGCCAGAGACCAGCUCGGCCGAAACCUCCAUGGACUCCAAGGAAGACUCCCCGCCGGUUCAGCUGACAUCCCACGUCCAUGUAAUCGAGCGAGGGCCCAAGGCGCGCAAGCGUCGCAACACCUUCAUCUUCUUGCUGGGUGGUCUCUGCGGCCUCAUAGCUGCGGGCUUCUUUGCCAAGUCAACUGAUUUGAUCGACUUGCCAGAGCUUACAGAUAUCACCAUGGACAGUCUGCUCGAUGUUAUCCCGGCCGGCCUGGUCAAGGACAUGCGAGAGCUGGUUCAAGGAGAGCGCGAGGUUACUUCUUCUUAUGACUCUUUCUCUGUCGGCCUGAGAGCUCGGGCUGAAGGCCUGGAUGCUCACCAUCCCAUGAUCAUGAUACCGGGUGUCAUCUCAACGGGCCUGGAGUCCUGGGGCACGGCUAACAUCUCGAGGCCCUAUUUUCGAAAGAGGCUGUGGGGAAGCUGGACCAUGAUGAGGGCUUUGGUUCUUGACAAGGAGAUUUGGAAAAAGCACAUCAUGUUGGACAAGCGAACUGGACUUGACCCGCCCUUGGUGAAGCUUCGUGCAGCCCAGGGCUUUGACGCAGCCGACUUUUUCAUCACGGGUUAUUGGAUUUGGAGCAAGGUCUUGGAAAACCUGGCCACUAUUGGAUACGACCCCACAAACUCGUUCACGGCCGCAUACGACUGGAGACUUUCCUACCCGAACCUUGAAGUAAGAGAUCAAUAUUUUUCUAGGCUCAAAUCAUAUAUCGAAACCGCUGUUGCAGUUGAAGGCAGAAAAGUGGUCAUUGCCUCGCACAGCAUGGGCAGCCAAGUCAUUUUUUACUUUUAUCACUGGGUUGAGUCGGACCUGGGCGGCCGUGGCGGAGGAGAUUGGGUGGAUCGUCACGUCGACUCUUGGAUCAAUAUCAGCGGCUGCAUGCUAGGUGCGGUCAAGGAUUUGACAGCCGUGCUAUCCGGGGAGAUGCGCGAUACUGCACAGCUUAAUGCCUUGGCAAUCUAUGGGCUGGAAAAGUUCUUGAGCAAGGAGGAACGAGCGGAAAUUUUCAGAGCCAUGCCGGGCCUUUCGUCGAUGCUGCCUCUCGGAGGUAACGCUGUUUGGGGAGACCUAACCGGGGCACCGGAUGACCAACCCGACCAAGGUUUCUCAUACGGAUCCUUUCUGAACUUUCGAGUUGGCUCAAAUUGGACAACUCCCGAUCGAAACUUUACCGUGGAUGCCUCCAUGGAGUAUCUCUUCAACACGACUGAAGAUUGGUACAAGGAUCAAGUCAAACGAAGCUAUUCCCAUGGCGUUGCCCAUACCACCGCAGAGGUUGAUGCGAACGAGAAGGACCCAAGGAAAUGGGUAAAUCCUCUUGAGAGCAGACUUCCCCUGGCGCCAAAUCUCAAGAUAUACUGCUUUUAUGGUGUUGGCAAACCCACAGAGCGAUCAUAUUACUACAGAGCGCCGGACCAACCCACCAUGACCAACCUCAACAUUACAAUCGACGUUGGGCUCACCGACGGUGUCAUCGAUCAUGGCGUCAUCCUAGGCGAGGGAGACGGCACUGUGAAUCUUCUGAGCGCUGGCUACAUGUGCAACCGUGGCUGGCACAUGAAGCGAUAUAACCCUGCUGGGGCCAAGGUCACAGUAGUAGAGAUGCCCCACGAGCCUGAUCGGUUUAGCCCGCGAGGGGGCCCCAAUACUGCCGACCACGUUGACAUUUUAGGAAGAGAGAAACUCAACGAGCUGAUCUUGAGAGUCGCCGCCGGCAAAGGAGAUACCAUCACCGACUACGUCGUCAGCAAUAUCCAGGCUUAUGCUGACAAGGUGAAGGUUUAUGAGGAGGAAGACGGGGCCGAGAAGAAGAAGAGGAACAAAUCAUAG